AAUGAACAUCGCCGCCACGGCCAAACUCGCGUCGCCACUCUCGGAGGCGUUGCGCAUCGCCGCGGCGCUUCCGCUCCACUUCGGACCCUCCUCGCCUCGCCGGGGGGCGACAGCGGAGGCUGCGCACGGCGCGGCGAACGACCCACACUGCGGCGAGGUGAUCGGAUCCCGCGGAGACAUCUGCGAUGCACCGGAGGAUGUCUGCUUGAUCUUUUUUUUUCUUUUCUUUUUUUUGGGGGGUGUAUAAUCGUUGCAUAAACUCGCCCGCGCCGUGAGACUCCAUCAGCGGCCAUAAAAAAAAAAAAAGGCACUUUAUGGGUCCCAGACACUCGGACCCACGCAGGCUGCAGUAAAUCACGCCUGGAGCCUCGCUGGAGCACCCGGGGGUGCGGAGACGAAUGGUCCGGUGUAGGAGGCCACGGGGAAGAUCCAGGACAUGUUGGGAAGACUAUGUCUCCCGGCUGGCCUGGGAAUGCCUCGGGAUCCCCCGGGAGGAGCUGGACGAGGGAGAGGAAAGUCUGGGCUUCCCUGCUUAGGCUGCUGCCCCCGCGACCCCACCUCGGAUAAGCGGAAUAAGAUGGAUGGAUGGAUGGCAUGGUGCCCACGCCCCAGGUGUGCGUAUCCACCCUGGUCACGGUGAGCACCAUGGCGGUGGUGGACCUCUACCUGCUGGAGCAGAGCAUGCUGGGGUCCCGAGGGGUGGCCGGGCCCGGCGUGUGGCAGUGCGUGGCCGUGCUGCUGGGUGACCUGGGCUUCCUGCUGGCGCUGCGCUUCGUGUCGGCCGGGGUGGUGUCCGAGGCGCGCUCGCCGCAGCGGGGCUUUGCCAACGCUCUCUGGUUCCUCUUCCUGUCCCUGCUCCAACUCAAGCUCUUCUUCGUGUGCCACAACUACAGGCAGGAGCGCCGGCCGCCCGACCCGCUGGCCAGGAAGGUCCUGACGCUCCUGCUGUCCAUAUGCCUGCCCUCCCUGUUCCUCAUUCUCACUGGGGCCGACUACAUGACCCCCCAGCGGAGGAAGCAGGAGGUGCGGAGUCGGCUCCUGUGGGUGGUGGUGGACCUCCUGGAUGUGCUAGAUCUGCAAGCCGGCCUGUGGGAGGCCCAAGGAGGGGCUCUAGAGCAAAAGCUGCCAAUCUGGGCGGAGGGCCUGGUCUUUUUUUACUGCUACGCUCUCCUGUUGCUGCUACCGUGCGUGGCCCUCACAGAAUUGGGGGCUACGGGCCUCCCGGGACAGAGGGGGCCACGGAAGGAGGCCUUGUACCCUUGGCUGAGCCUGGUUACCAUCAACAUCUUCACCCUGGGCCUGAGGGGAGCGGGCAUUCUGUGGUACAGGGAUUCCCGGGUCUCCACCGUGUUCCUGGGCAAGAACCUCCUGGCGCUGGCCGUGAAGCUGAGCUCAGCCUGGGAGAGACACAAGCAGGGGCGCCGUCCCGGCGGCGGUGGGGAAGAAGCCGGAGCCCGACCCGCCGAGUCGACGCUGCCGAGCCAGAGCUCGGAGCAGGGAGAGGGUCAAUCUCAAGGGAAAGCCGCCUCCUCCCACUAUCACACACUGUCUCGCCCUCCGAGCCACACUCUCUCCCAAGUCAGCCCGGGGCACACGGAGACGCCAUCUUUCAUCUCCCAUGAACUCUAGACUCAGUACGCACAUCUAUGCACACCCAACGCAGAAAAACCCACAAUGCUGGGAAACGUAUGCACUUUUUUGGUUUGCGCCAGGAACAAAUUGGGUCACUGCGUUUGUCGGUGGGCGUCGACUCGGGUCGGAACACUUUGGAUUUUCCCAAGAACGUGCGUCUAAAUGUCUUACCGUGUUCCAAGCUCUGCAUAUGUGGUUCCGUCUGUCAGUUUUUAAACUUGUAAUUCCUUUUCAACAAUUAUCUGAUAGCAAUCUGGGGUAAGUAAUUGUGUAGGGAUGGGGAAGACCGCUGCAAUUAAAUUAUUUGUCCAUUUGAAAAAAAAUAAAACACACCCAUUCCAUCAUCCUUCUUGGCUGAGAAAACCGUGAAACUGUUUUUUGCUAAUCACUUUGUAUUAAAAUUGCGAAACAAAAUACUCUCUUUGUCUGAGUCAGUGAGAGGAAUGUUUUCUUGUCUGUGAUUGAUUGACUGUGCUUUAAGACCUUCAAGGAGGCCAUGUCCACACGAACACGGAGAGUUUCAA